AUGAACUUGCAGCCAGACGCUCAGAUCCAAACCGUCAGACGAGAAACUCCCCAAUACCUACGGACUCAGUCGCUGCAAUCGUCCUUUGCCACCAACGAGUACUUCUCUGAUUAUGCUUCCGACGCUGCCAGUCAAAAAUCCGACGAUACCCAAGCAAGCUAUGAGACGCCUCCCUCGAGAAUAUCGACCCCCCUCAUUCAACAGACCCAGGUUGACUCCGAGAUGACGCUUCCUACGAGACCUGGCAUUGUCCCGCCGGCGGCCCUCAACACUCGACACCAACCGAAUGAGGGCCAAAGCACCGUGCGGAUGGUGUCAAACUGUAACGAGAUGAGCCCGCCUACACCUGAAAUCGAUGACACCCCAUAUCUCAGAUUUGCCAUUGAGCAACUGACAAGAGACGAGGAUGUACUGGGGCGUGGCAGACACAGUACCGCAACCGCGGAGGGAAACACUCCCGUCUUGCCACCGUCAGAACCCGAAUCGCCGGAGAAUUUCCAAACGCCGACACCCUCUCCUCCACCACCGUCUCCUCCUCGACAACCGCGGAAUCCCCGUCCGCAAUCUCAGAUUCAGCGAAAGCCAGUGCGUGAAGAGGUCAUGAUCCCGGUGGACCUGUCGAAAGACUUACGCUCGCGACUCGGCUUUGUGCCAAUACCACUUCGCCUCUCUAUGCUUGCCUUAUACUUGAUGCUAUGCCUAUUAAUGAUCGGCGCCUUGCUCUUUAGCCUAAUAUUUGCGUCCGGGAAUCACGGACUGUACGACUACGAUGGGAACGCCACGCCACGAUAUUUUGUUUUCCAAUACUUACCACAGCUACUUGGGAUUAUACUCAUCAUAUGGUUGUUUGUGAUUGAGGCAGCAGUGUACAGAUCCCUGCCUUACUUUUGCAUGUUGUCAAGUGGUCGCAACCACUCGGUGUUACAGGACAUGCGUAUCUUACCAGCAAACUACCUCUUACCGGACCUCACCUUUUUCAGGACGGGUGAAAGGCUGCUGGGUGUGACAUUUGUGGUUUUCUGGUUGACCAGCCUCACUGUCCCGCUCCUCAGCUGUCUUUACGAAACCCAGUGGAUUACGGAUGAUGGCCCUGCACGUUUCCGUUGGACCACUGUCCGAGGUGUGGGCUGGACCUUGGUGGCACUAUACAUUAUCCUCUGCGCCGGCAUCGUGCACUGCAUGGUCCGCUUUCGACGCCGAAACUCCAAUCUUCUCUGGGAUCCCUGUUCUCUGGCCGACCUGAUCUGUCUGUUCCGACGGUCAAACAUCUGCGCUGAUUUCGAACAAACCGAAGUCUCCCCAGAACCUAACAGGCAGGUUCUCCCUAGAACCACCCGUCUAGGCUUCUGGACGACCACCGAACGACCUGAUGUAUUCCACGCUGUAGGUGAAGAAUACGCGCCUAUCAAACGCUUUUCCUUCCCACCGCAGCCGAUGGCAAAGCCUUCUUCUGAUGGCCUGCUACAUCCCAACGACACAGUCGAUGUGGAGGCUCAACAACGGCACUCCUACGGAUCUGCCUUUUCUCGGAACAUCCACUCUCCCUUUGUCCGCUAUCGCUGGGCACCGUGGUACCUGCGCGAUUCCGCCGUGCUGGCAUGGAUCAUCGCGGCAAUUCUCCUCCUGAUUGCCUUCCUGGUGGUCAGCUUCGUGAAUCGUGCGGUACAGCAUGGCUUCGCCCCUCUCUUGACAUCCCUGACGGAUUCUGCUGGGUUCUCACCCGCCGAUUUCCUGUACAGCUUCCUGCCCUCGUUUCUUGGGAUGGUGCUCUUUCUCGCAUGGCAGCCCAUCGCCAUGUACUUCCGCGCGGUGCAACCAUUCUGCAACCUUUCCCAACCUACCGGUACUGAUGCCCGGCAUUCCCUGUUACUGGCCUAUCCGGCCCAAGGGCCGAUCGGCGUGAUGGUCCGAUCUCUCCGCAACCGCGAUUACAGGGUUUCAUACAUCAGCUUCAUAUCCAUCCUCGCGCUCUCGAUCCCGGUCCUCGCGGGUGGAGUUUUCACCGCACAGUUCUUCUCCGCAGAAAAUGAAGUCAGAAUGGUCGCGAGUAUGCCAGGCUACAUUGCGCUGUGUGUCUUGGCCGCGAUCUACACUCUCUCCUACCUCGUGAUCUGGCCGACCAGGAAACGAUAUCUGCCACACAACAUCAACACCAUUGCAAGCCUCAUGAGCUGGCUCUACGCUAGUCCUCUCCUUGCCGACGGCGCCUUACAGAAUGUCAGCUCCAGAGCUGAACUGGUCGAGCGAUUGACAGGAUCGAGCGUGCAGUCAGCGACCCUGACAGGCGAUCCUGCUGUAGAAGAGGGAGAGAAGAGCAGACCGAGCCGUCGGCAACGCCGCACAAAUCAAGGCGCGGGAACACGAUAUGCGUUCGGCGUCUAUGUGGGACGAGACGGCAAAGAGCACCUCGGCAUCGAUCGACUGCAGAGACCCGGGAGCCGCGAGAUGAUGGUCGUGCCGAGUUCGCGGUGA